GGAGGGCGAGCAGUAGCGAACACGUCUCCGUCUCCGUCCGCGUCCGUUGCUGGCUGGGCGUUCGUGAGGUUUGGCGAUGCGGAGCGGUCGCAGACCGACGGACCCGACGCUGGCCUGCUUGGGCUCGUAGCGCCGCGCAUGGCACCGGUCAUCUCUUGCUUACAUGAUAUGCCCGGCCCUCGAGCAUCGAUCUAGCCAUCUCUCCGGCGCCUUCGCCUUCACCUUCACCUUCGUCGUCGUCGUCGUCGUCGUCGUCUUCUUCUUCUUCUUCAUGUCUGUGCCCUCUCUCUGAAGCUCGCUUUCGUCUCCGGACGAGGUCGAGGAGCAGGAGCAGGAGGACGCUACUCCUCUCUUCGUCAGCCAGCUGACAUUGCAAGAGAGAGAGAGAGAAGAAGAAGAAGAAAAAGUUACGAGAUCAUCCACAAUAUUUUUAUAUAUCAAUCUAUUUGAUAGCGAGACUGAUCGAUCGAUCGAUUGAUUGUUUGAUUGUUUGAUCGAUCGGGCGGGAGGGAGAGAGGUGUGGAGAGCGAGAGGAGGAGGAGGAGGAGGAGAGAUCGGAGUCAUUGUGUUUCGACUUGGAGCUGAGAGACGGCAGACAUGACGAGGCUGCGGCGAUCGGCGCUGCUGAGCUUGGUGCUGUUAGGUCUGGUGGCGGAGCGACUGGUGGAGGUGGAGGCGACGGGAUGCUUUCCAGCGAUCUUCAGCUUCGGUGAUGGGCAGUUCGAUACGGGAGGUCUGUCGGCCACGUUCCCCACCAUCCUCCAUUACGACCACCCUCCGUAUGGACAAACGUAUUUUCAAAAACCAACCGGUCGACACAGCGAUGGUCGUCUCAUGAUCGAUUUCCUCGCGGAGGCGCUCGGUUUGGAUUACACGCCAGCUGCUUUGCAGACAGUACUUUCGGAUUACACGAGCGGAGGGACCUGGGCUUCGUCCUAUUCCACAAUUGCAUCGGUUUCCAGCGGGAACACGGCAGGACCUGGUCUGUUCCUGUCGCCGUUCGGACUCAAUGUCCAGUUGAUGCAGUUCAACGAGUACCAGCAAACCGUGAACUCGGUGGUUGCCACACAAGCUCGUCUCAAAGCCAAGGCCGCUGCUGGCUUCACGGACGACAGCCCCUCAGAGAACAAGAAAAAGCAGACGAAGUCCAAGAAGACCAGACACAUCCUACAAGAAUUGGACGCGGAAGCCGACAUGGAAUCCCAGACCAUGCACCCCACUGCCGUCAAUGCCACCCUUCUGGAGCUCGAGGCGCCCACUAUGAGAUUGCCGAGAUCUGGCUCCUGGGGCAAGGCUCUGUACUUGAUUGCUACAGGCGGUCACGAUAUUACCAAUCAGUACAAUAACGGCAAGAACAUCGACACUGUGGUUGCCGGAUUCCCCAGAUUGAUCAGUCUCAUCGCCGAUGCCGUGAGGCAAAUCUACAGGGCCGGGGGUAGAAAUCUUAUCGUCUUCGAUAUCGAGCCACAAGGAUGCCAGCCAUGGCUCUUGACCAGAAUCCCACACACUGCUGACGAUCUGGACUGGAAGGGUUGUCUGAUCCAAUACAACGCCGUCGUCCAGAACUUCAACAAGAUGCUCAAGUCAGAAGUAGCUGUCUGGAGAGAAGGCUACACCGACUUGAACGUCUUCUACUUUUCGCAGUACGACGUCAAAAUCGGCCUCCUCACCAACGACACUGCUGGUUUCAAUUCGACCAACACGGCAUGCUGCGGGGUGGCGGGAUCAACUUACAAUGUGAAUUUGAUGGUGCCAUGCGGGCCACCGGUGAUGGACCCGGUGACGAACAUUACCACCGUUGCCACGGUGUGUAACAAUCCGGACGAGUAUCUGUACUGGGACGGUAUGUACACAACCGAGGCGGGCAACAGGUACGUUAUGCAGCAGAUGCUGACGGGCAACUUCUUCGACGUCCCGUUUCCUGAACUUACAGAGAAUUGCCAGCUGAAUCCGCUGACAUGAGCAGCGGUGGCGGGACGAAAAGCAACCAGCCAGCCAGCCAAUUCUGUUGAAAUGCUAUCGGAUAUCGACGAUUCACAAUUCAUUUAGCUAGCUAGAAGAUGAAGAAGAGGACGGAGAUUCGGAAGCUUCGUGGACUCUAUAUGCCAUGUAUGGAUUUCCAGUGCUGCUACCGCCGCCGCUGCCGCUGCUGCUUCGAUGGAUAUCUCCGUGCGUGCGUGCGUGAGUGCCGUCGUACUGGAGUCUAGCUAUGAGUGCGAGCAAGCAAAACCAGUAUUUCGAGAUUCGUCUCGACAGCUACAGCCCUGCACGCACGGACGGGACGGGGAGGGAGAGAGAGAGAAAGAGAGAGAGAGAGGAGAAGUAUGCAAUUGGCACAGUUCAUAUGCAGUCGGUCAGGUCGGACGAUGUUAGCGUAUCGAUCCUGCAUUCACUCGAUAGGGUUGAUCGACCAAUCACACUUUUAUCGGUGAAAGUUCCAGUCAUUGUUACGUAUAGAAUACAAAACAACAACAACAACAACAAUAGGAUACAGUAGAGGAUUCGAAUGGGCUCCCUCUUAUCUCGGACCAGUGGCAUUAUCGACCGAGUGCCGGAGUUCCCUGAGAAAUUCAUCGUUGGGGAGAUUGUAGGCGAGGGAAAAUUUAGAUUUCUGACAGAAUUCCACAGUCCGAAUAGCACUUAGUCGAGCGCACGAGGUCGAAUCCAUCGGUUUUGACUUUGUUUGAUCUGAUCUGAUCUGUAAUUAGGCCUCUUUAUUCUUUACAGGAUUAAUAAAAUCACUGCCCAUCCAUACUGUGGAUCAGUCGAUCAAUCGGAACUU